GCCGCCGCGCGCCGGGAUUGAGGGGUGCGGGCGGCUCUGAGACGGCGGGAGGAUGCCCCUGUUCCGGAAGGUGCUGCGCGUCUCCAAUCGCUCCAUGCUCGCGUUCAUCUUCUUCUUCUCCUUCUCCUCCUCCUGCCUCUACUUCAUCUACGUGGCCCCUGGCAUAGCAAAUACGUAUCUCUUCAUGGUGCAAGCUCGUGGUAUAAUGCUGAGGGAAAAUGUAAAAACAAUAGGACACAUGAUCAGAUUGUAUACGAACAAAAAUACAACACUGAACGGAACAGAUUAUCCUGAAGGAAACAAUUCUAGUGACUGUGUUGCUCAAACAACAAUGUAUCUUCCAGAAAACUUCACUUACUCUCCUUACCAGGCUUGUCCAGAGAAACUGCCUUACAUGAGAGGCCUUAUUGAUGUAAAUAUGAGUGAAAUUAGUUUUGAUGAAAUUCAGCAAUUAUUUUCAAAAGACUUAGACAUCAAACCAGGAGGACACUGGAAGCCCAAAGACUGUAAGCCACGAUGGAAGGUGGCGAUCAUCAUUCCUUUCCGUAAUCGUCAUGAGCAUCUUCCCAUUUUCUUCCGGCACCUGAUACCGAUGUUGCAGAAACAGCGGCUGGAAUUUGCCUUCUAUGUUGUUGAACAGACAGGUACACAACCUUUUAAUCGUGCAAUGCUCUUCAACGUUGGCUUCAAGGAGGCUAUGAAGGAUGUUGUCUGGGACUGCAUAAUAUUUCAUGAUGUGGAUCACUUACCUGAAAAUGACCGCAAUUAUUACGGAUGUGGAGAAAUGCCACGUCAUUUUGCAGCAAAGCUGGACAAAUACAUGUACAUACUUCCGUACAAUGAGUUCUUUGGUGGUGUAAGUGGCCUGACAGUGGAACAAUUCAAGAAGAUUAAUGGAUUUCCAAAUGCCUUCUGGGGAUGGGGUGGGGAAGAUGAUGAUCUUUGGAACAGGGUUCACUAUGCUGGAUACAAUGUAACAAGACCAGAGGGAGAUUUAGGGAAAUACAAAUCCAUUCCUCAUCAUCACAGAGGUGAAGUCCAGUUUUUAGGAAGAUAUAAACUUCUGAGGUAUUCCAGAGAACGUCAGUAUAUUGAUGGGUUGAACAAUUUAGUAUACACUCCUAAAAUACUUGUCAGUAGAUUGUAUAAAAAUGUAACUGUUAAUCUUACGCCAGAACUUGCUCCUAUUAGAGACUAUUGAUGGAAAUGGUGUGGCAAGCUAUCCUAGUGGAGUAAACUUUUAAUGCACUGGAAGGUAUUAAUAGACACUGAAGACACUGUAAAACAAAAAACACAACAUCUUAGAAUUAGGGGUUUUUGUCCUUUUGAUGAUGCAUAUUUGGGAUGAGAAGUAAAGUGAUUGUAUUUGCCAUGCAUUCUGUUCAGAAAGAAAAGCCAGCAGCUACCACUCAGAUGUUUACAGCAUGAGACUACUGUUCAAGCCUUCGUUCUCCAUAUUCUCUAUCUUAACCACUCAGCUAAAUAAACUGCAGAAAACAGACUUGCUAGCUUCACUGGAAGUAGAGACAUUCUUCUUCCAGGACUUCUUUUAUACUAAAUUGCUCCCACUCUGCCCUCCUGUAUUUAAAUGAAUGCUUUUGUUCCUUUUUAAAAUGUGUUUUGUAAAUAUGUGAUGUAAAUUAAUGUGUGUACAUUGCUUUUAAAUUGCUCAAUAUUUUAUGCUCCAGUAUGUAUUUGAGUGUGUUCUUGCUUGAAUUCUAUAGGAAUGUUUUUAUUAGCAUGAAAGAACAAGUGUGAAAUGUAAGUAUCCUUAAAAAAGGUUAUACCUUAUGUGAAAUGAAGGAAAUAUUAAUUGUUGGCCAGCUAUGACUUUAAACUGUUAUACUAGUUUUGAGCUCUAGGCCUCCUGCAUAUCUAUAUAGAAGAAUCAAUUUCAUAUAUGAACUUUCUCAAAAGAAAGCUAUUAAUUUUAUUUAUUGCCAGCAAAAUUAUACCCUGCCUGCCAUCUAAAUCAUAUUUAUAUGCCUAUUGCAUGCGUAUUAUGGAAAAUCUUGCAGUUGUUACAUUCUAUGAUCUACAGGAACUCUUAAAUGUUUUCACGUGUGCCACUGGUGUCAAUGUCAGGGAUUUUAAUGCUAAAACAAUGUGUCUGGGUGCAUACAGUAUUUUGGUAUUGUCUUUUUUUAAUACUAUUGAAAAGCACUUUUAUUCCUCCAAAAUCAGAAGAGCCAAAAAUGUGUCUUCAUUGGAAGAAUAUUAAAGUUAGAUUUUAAAGAAAAUAAGAAAACAUAGUUCUAAUGCUUGCAGUGUGGGAUUUUCAGGAACAUGGUGUGGGUCAAACUGUUCCACUUAUAACUGCAUAAGUGCAACUGAAAUUAAGCUAAGUGCUUUUUAAAUUUCCACCUAUAAUAUAUUAAUCAAUAUAGCUAUUGAAGGGCCUAUUCUAGUACAGUGCUGAAUGCUUUUAUGAUGCACUGAGUAUCCUCAAGUCUAUGACUUCAGAUGAGAUUGAGGUUGCACAGUUCCACUAAGAAUUGGUCCUGUCUGUUUCUCUAUUUUUGUGGUGUAAAAUGUAUGAGUAACUAGCCUCUCUCCUUGGCUUAGAAUGAAAAACAUUAUUUUCCUAUUAUCUGUUUGUUUGUAAUGUUAAGCUACUUAUAAGUAACUCAAUGCUAAGAAGAAUUUUUUCCUAACUUUUUUUUUACAUUCUUCUUUUAGCAGUAAGGAAAAGGACUGAAUCAUUUAUUUUCUAUGUUAAUGCAAAUAUAGUCUAAGCUCUCCUGAACUGUUUUGUUUGUCGCAGUUAUUCAAUUCUUUUAGGAACCAAAGACUGACUUCUGCUCCUGUAAAGAAUGGAAAGCAGUAUAGGAUUGUUUAUCCAUAGAGCGUUCUGUAAGAGUAUAGACAAAAAAUACUAACUCAUUACUAUGUGUUGGUUUCCUGAAUUGCUGCCACAAAUAAUGUGGUGCUAUGUUUAUUUUGUUUGCCAUAAACACUUUUUAUUUUCCUUGACGUCCCAGCAAUAAAUCUUACUCUUAGUCAUUCUUAGGUAAAGUUAGGAUUUUACUUAGACAUCCCGAAUGUUUUGUAGAAAUGUAGUGAUUUAAUUGUAGUACUUGAGAACAAUUAUAAGGGAUAAACCUUAUGGGAAUUACCCUGAAAUCUACCAGUUUAUCUAAUAUGCAUUAGCAAUGAUGUGGUCCAAAAUAACGAAAAGUACAAAGUGAACAGAACAUCUUUUCAAAAGUUAGAUCACCUCCUGAUAUAUUUUUAUAACUGAGUGUAUAGGAUAUUCUGAAGCACAUGGAUAAAGGGAGGUAAUUAAUAUAUCAACAUAUUUAUGUAAAAAACAUGAUCAACAACAUCUUCAAAAUAAAGUUGGUCUUAUUUCGUAA